CACACUCCAUAAAAACCCCCCAAUUCACUUCCAUCCUUCACCACAACCUCCACAACUCUCUUCUUCACUUUCCCAAUUCAAACUAGUACAAAGUAGUAAUUACCAACAAAAACUCCAUAAAAAUGUCAAACCAGCUUCUCUCACCAUUCCCACUUCUACUGAUCAUUAUCACCUUCCUCUGCUUCCCCACAGCUUUUGCUCAGUCUCCAGCACUACCUCCACAACCUCCAGCUACUCAGUCUCCUGCACAGCCUCCCCAAGUCCCAGCCACUCAAUCUCCACCACCAACAGCACUAGCUCCACAAGUCCCACUUGUCCAGUCUCCACCGGCACAACUCGCACCAGGCCCAGCCCCACCAGGACCACCCAACAUCACCGCCAUCCUCGAAAAGGCUGGUCAUUUCUCUACAUACAUUCGGCUACUAAAGGCCACCCAGAUUGACAACCAAAUCUACAAACUCCUCAAUGACUCCAGCCAGAGCCUAACCGUGUUCGCCCCAUCUGACAAUGCCUUCGGCAACCUCACUACCGGUACUCUCAACUCCUUCUCAGACGAGCAGAAGGUCCAGCUGGUGAAAUUCCACGUCAUCCCAUCUUUCCUUUCGGUUCCUGCAUUCCAAACAGUGAGCAAUCCGUUGAGCACACAGGCUGGAAGUACUGUUCAGUACCCGAUGAAUGUGACCACGGCCGGGAAUCUGGUGAACAUCAGUACCGGGAUUGUUAACACCACAGUGACUGGCACGGUGUAUUCCGAUAACCAGCUGGCGGUGUAUCAGGUGGACCGAGUUCUACUUCCAUUGUCCUUUUUUGUCGCUAUAUCACCAGCUCCGGCACCAUCAAAGCCUGAGAAGAAGGCUCCGUCUCCGGCAGGAGAGCAGUCCGCUACUAGCACUGAUACGUCGGUUCAGGCUUCCAGUGCAAUGCCGGCUACUCACCACCGUGCACUCAAUGUUGCAGUGUGCUUUGCAGGUUUUCUUAUUGCAGCAUUGUGUUUGUGUCUUUGAGUUGUGAGCUUGUCUUUGAGUUGAGAGAUUGUUGAUGAUGAUUGUGUUUGAUUUGUGUAACCAAUUUUUACUUAAAUAAUUCUUUUGACUAAAAA